AUGAGUGAGGAAAUGGCCGAUAUUGGGGAAGCGCACUCUAGCCCUAAGGCCAACAUUGAGACCCCAAGUUCGACAAAGAGAGGUAGUGAGGAACCAUCUGAGGGUGAGCCAUUAGACCAUGCAAAAACCAGAAAGUUGACCAAGCUAGAAGAGCGGAAGGUACCGAAUAUUGCCCUGGAGUUGGCCAAAAAUCGAACGGCAGCGAAAGCUGUUUCGCCAAGUCCGCGAACAGCGCCUGUAAAUAUCCUGUCGGCGCCAUUGGCAUCAGGAAACGACAAAGUGAAUCAAGAUGAUACUGCGGUAAAACAAGGGAAAACUGAGCAGGAUAUCAAAAAGAGCCACCUGGCCACUACGUCUCGUGUGAGAGUUUCAUCUCUGCUUUCUCCAGAUUCAAACGGCACUAGCGGAGGCAUAGCUACAGCUCCAAAGAUAAUACUACCGACACAGAGACAGAAAUCUGCUACGAAUGGAAAUGAUGCUGGUAGUGCGGGUUUUCUGGUGGCUAGAACAAACUCACCCGUAUAUUUAUCCCCCAACACCCCCAUGGGCUCCAUUGAGCGAAGCCAUAGUACUCUCAACCCUUUGAUACCUUCUCAAAGCCCACAAAAGGCAGGAAGGGCUUCAUCCUUGCCACUAUCCAAUGAAAUUGAAGAGAGAAGCACCAAACCAGUGGCUACCUUGGAGAAAAAACCCAAAUCAACCGCCAAAACGAGCUCUAAAGGUGUUACAAAACGACAGAGGACUGUGAAAGGUGAGUCUUCAACUGCUCUUACAGCUGCUUCAUCCAAAGCACAAAACUCGGACAAAGUGUCUCUGGAGACAAGCCCGAGCACUAACGAAGAGAUUGAGAUAUCGCAAGAAAACGAAGGUCCUCAAAAAGCCGCUCGUAAACGUAGAGCAAAUCCAAGGCAAACUAAGACUAUUGACGUGCAGCCGGCAAAUGUUAUAAUUGAGGAUAUGCAGAAAGUGUCAGCUCCCAAAAAUCUACCGGUCGAGAAAAAAGCAAGUGAGUUGUCUCAGGAAAAGAACCAGGAUAGCGGCUCAUCAAAAGUUAAUAUGGAGAUCUCAGCCCCAGAAAGCAAAUCCAAGAAACCUGUUAAGAAAGCCUCGAAACCAGUUGCCCCUAAGGCAGGAUCCGACGCAAGUGCGAUUAAAAACCCCGUGAAGAGCACUGAUUCAAAGAAAGAAGUGAAGGGCUCAAAUGCAGCUCAAAUUAAUGAUCAACCGGUGAAAAAAAGCCCAAAGGAUGGGAAUGGCAAGAAAACUUCAAAAGCUGCCAGUAAAAAGGAUUCCCAUCCCGUCGAGGAUAAAACAAAGUCAAACACAUCCAAGCCAGAGUCUAAGACUGGCAUUAAGACAACUAUGACAGAACCUGCUAGUUCAAGUGAUUCAAAGAAAGAGGUCACCGCUGCAGACGAUAAGAAGGAUAGUAAGCCCAAAGAUGCUAAGCUGGGAGGCAAGGACGACAAUAAAAAAGAGGUGAAGACUAAAAAGGUCAAUGCAACAUCUAAGAAAAAGGAACCAACGCCUCAGCCAUCCAAAAAAGCAGCAGACCCAAAAAAUGCGCCAAUCUCUCCCAAGAAAUUGCUUCCCGCACCAGUUCUUAAGUCUCCUUCAAUACUAGAGGCCCUGGAUAAAGGGAAAGGUCCUGAUGAUAAUGAAGAUCCUAUGAUUCUCAUAGAUGUGCCAUUAUAUCCUGUAGAAUCAAAUAAUUACAUGGAUGAAAAUGGUCAAGUGGUUUUCAAUUUCUACAAAAUGGUGCAAGACAAAUUCGGUCAAUCAGGGAAAACAAAACGCAAUUUGAUAUCGGAACUCCAAGGUCGUGAGGACGAAGACGAUGAUGCGGCAGAGGUUGAAGAUGACGAUGGUGUAGAUGAUGAUGAAGAUGAAGACGUCGAGGACGAUGACAAACCUUCUAACUUAACAGCCCCAACGAGCUCCCCAAAGAAGAAGUCUCACCCCAUGAAAGGAAGAAGCUUGAUAGGAAAAUAUGACACGGAAGAUCUGUUUAUUGACGAUUCUGAACUUUUAUGGGAGGAACAGCGAGUAUCGACCAAAGAUGGAUUUUUCGUGUAUUUUGGGCCUUUAAUAGAGAAGGGCCAAUACGCAAGUUUUGAAAGGGUCAAUGGAACAAUGAAAAGAGGUGGAAUAAAAUACUCUAAAUAA